UCUGUACGUGAUGGGAGUAAGUGCGCACACAGCCUGCGUGCUUCAACCAUCGCUAUGUUUUGUAGAUCAGUGACAGAAGAAGCACUUGUUCCCACGUAUGUGGACUGCGCCCCGGUGUAUUUGAUGCAAAGUCAGCCCACAGAGUGACAGCUUGGUGCUCGAAAUGUCACGUCUCUUAGGAGGAAAAGCCUGUUUGAAUACGAUGGACCUCUGGACAGCUGGAUGAGCAGCACGAACAAGGACUCCCCGGAGCGUUUUAGUGUGUAGCUAAAUUGGGUUAGCCUACUGAUCUGGAUGGUCCCUCUUUACUCGGAUGCAAUACGCCCAUGCGACGAUGUCGGUGGAUGUUGCUGCCCUCAGUGUCCAGGUUAGGUUACAGUAAACGCUAAUUGUUUACGCAUUAAAAUAAAGCUGUUUGGGGCGGAGGAAGCAAGCCGGGACAGGAUACAACAUUUUGCGCGCAUAAUAAAUAACCUUUUCCAAUAGCCUACUAUAUUGUUGGUGUUAUUAUUAUUAUUAUUAUUAUUAAGAUGGGGGUCGAUCUAUUUAUAAGGGAAACAUGGAGCCUUCAUCGCCUAAUUUCAUCUAGUCCACUCGGAUCAGAGAUUGUAACGCUGUAUUACCUCAACGCAAACCUUCGUUGACAAAAUUUCCCACCUUGUUGUCGCCGUGUGAGCGUCUCUGUCUUUCCUAAAGAAGUCGCGGGCAUUUAAAACCUUCGCUACAAGACUAUUGACUGAUGAUCUGAAACAACCAUGCGUGCUCUUGAGGCAGCAGGAUAAUGAUAAUAGAUACUGGCAUCCCUUUACUGUCUCCAGUGAAGAAGAGUUUCAUUUCUCACCGAGGACUUGUCACCAUCACAAAUGUAGCCGGACUGAACCAGGCCGCUGCACAGAGACGGAGGCGGGAUUGUUGUGCUCAGACUUGGCUGGAUGCUGAACGUGGUUCCACUUUACAGCUCUGUAUUGAAUACCUGCCGCCCUGCCCUGGGCUUGUUUCUGUAAUUCCCCAGCUGACUUAAAAUGGACGGGGCCUUUUUGAUAAAGGCUAUUCAUGGACGUUGAACCGGCUCGUGAGUGGGGCAUGCAUGUAGGAUUUAGCUUGGACCGGCUUGUCGCGAUGUAGGGCGAAUAUCUGUGGAUGUUUCCAAACACAGAAUAGGAGAGAAAACAACCCGUGUUCAUGGAGAUGGCUGGCGGGGAGCUGCAUCUACACUGGGCUGGAUGAGAAAUAAUGACGACCCUGCUCAGAGGAUUUCAAACACAGACUGCUGUUCUUAUUGGCAGCCUAAAUAGUCAAUAUUCCAUAAGAAGAUAGAUACUUUAGUUGUGGUUUUAUUAUCCCCUCCGAGUGUCUCAAUGGACUGAUAUUAACUUCAGAAGAGGUUGUGUGUUUAUUAGGGUGAAAGAUUCAAAACUAUAAAUCAUAAGUCCACAUUAUGUUUUUGUUAAAUUCAGAUGCUUAAUUGUUACAGCAAUGUAGGACAUUGUUAUUAAAAUGUAACUGUUUUUAUAAAUUGUAAGCAGCUACUCAGAGACCAGAAUUCACUCACUGAUCAGGAGCUCAACAGCUUGAAGGCAUCUGUCUGAAGGAUUUCAUCAGACCUGCUGUUUCUUAGAUUUCUUAGAGUGAAUAUGUGUUUACAUAUUCACUGGUCUGUGAGGGUCCGUGGCAGCUUUCCAUAAGACACAAUAGUGAAAACAAUCAAUUAGGGUUCAGGGGUUACAAUCUGCUGAGUGCAUUGUUUGACCUGAUGUACGUUGUCCCUGAAUGAACUUGCCUUUGGGAAUACAUGUUACUUACACACUGCGUAGCAACAGCACAACAGCAACCGGUGACAGGAUUUGGCACAGUUUCAACAGCGAGAUGUGGUGAUGGGGGAGAGCAGUUGCAGCUCCCUGAUCCUCUGAUCCCCUCUACCCCCCACUGGUGGUCGAGGAGACCUCGCCUCUGUCAAUGGGCCCUGUAUGGAUUUUGUGCCUGAGUUGACAGAGGGCAGGCCUACAGCGUCAAACAGCAGUCAAGCUGCCAUGAACCCAUACGGCAGAGCGAGCAGCACAGCAGCCCCCCUGUCCUGCACCAGCUGUGGGGGCAGCUGCUCCCCGCCUCCACCUUGCCUAAUCCCGCCUGGGCCCCACUCCUCUACUACCUCCUCAUCCUCCAUGCCGCCGAUGUGUCCGGCCCCAGUAGUGCAGGGGGAGAAUGGCAGCAGCUGGAACUCCUCCACCAUCUCCUCCUCUGGCUCCCCAGACUCCCACCCUGGUCAUCGCUGUGGUGCCAACAACCCCAACCCCUUCUGGACGGCAGUGUUCGACUAUGAGGCCACAGCGGACGAGGAGUUAACCCUGCGGCGCGGGGACCUCCUUGAGGUUCUCUCCAAAGACUCAAAAGUGUCUGGGGACGAGGGUUGGUGGACAGGCAAGAUCCAGGACAAGGUGGGUAUCUUUCCAUGCAAUUAUGUCACAAGGGGGGAUGCCGCCAACUACCAGCAGCUGACUGCAGGAGGGCGGGUGGCAGGCGGGGUGGGUGAAUGCCCCUUGGAGAUAAACUUCUCAGAACUGCUCCUGGAGGAGGUGAUUGGAGCUGGUGGGUUUGGGAAGGUGUACAGAGGAGUAUGGCGGGUAGAAGAAGUAGCAGUAAAGGCCGCCAGGCAAGACCCCGAUGAGGAUAUUAGUGCCACAGCAGAGAGCGUGCGUCAGGAGGCCAGGCUGUUCUGGAUGCUCCGGCACCCCAACAUAAUCAGUCUCCGUGGGGUCUGCCUGCGGGAGCCCAACCUGUGCUUGGUAAUGGAGUACGCCAGAGGGGGGGCUCUGAACCGGGCGCUUGCUGGAAAGAAGGUACCCCCGAGGGUUCUGGUGAACUGGGCGGUCCAGGUUGCCACAGGGAUGGACUACCUACACAACCAGGCAUUCGUACCUAUCAUCCACAGAGACCUCAAGUCCAGCAAUAUCCUCAUCCUGGAGCCGGUGGAGCAUGACGACUUGGGCGGGAGAACCCUGAAGAUCACAGACUUCGGUCUGGCCAGAGAGUGGCACCAGACCACUAAGAUGAGUGCAGCGGGGACUUACGCCUGGAUGGCCCCAGAGGUCAUCAAGCUCUCACUUUUCUCCAAGAGCAGUGAUGUGUGGAGUUUCGGUGUGUUACUGUGGGAGCUGCUGACCGGCGAGGUUCCCUACCGGGAGAUAGACGCGCUGGCGGUUGCUUAUGGUGUCGCCAUGAACAAGCUAACACUUCCCAUCCCCUCAACGUGCCCUGAACCUUUCGCUCAGCUGCUGGGAGAGUGCUGGAGCCCAAACCCCCGCAGCAGGCCCUCUUUCACCAGCAUCCUGAAGAGACUGCAGGCCAUUGAGCAGUCGGCCAUGUUUCAGAUGCCUCUGGAGUCCUUUCACUCCUUACAAGAAGACUGGAGGCUGGAGAUCCAGCAGAUGUUUGACGAGCUCAGGGCCAAAGAGAAGGAGCUGAGGUCCUGGGAGGAGGCGUUGGCCCGAGCAGCCGAGGAGCAGAGGGAGCAAGAGGAGCAGCUGAGGAGGAGAGAGCAGGAGCUGGCCGAGAGGGAGAUCGACAUUGUGGAGCGAGAACUGAACAUCAUCAUUCACCAGAUGUACCAGGAGAAACCCAGUGUGAAGAAAAGAAAAGGACACUUCAAGAAGAGCAGAUUACUGAAGCUAGGCCGAGACAGCAACUGUAUUAGUCUGCCCUCUGGCUUUGAGCAUAAGAUCACCGUUCAGGCGUCUCCCAGUGUGGACAAGAGGAAGACUCAGGGGAGCGAGAGCACCACGCCGCCUGCCAGCCCGGGGGUCAUACCCCGACUCAGAGCCAUAAGAUUGACACCGAGCGAUGGCAGUAAGACGUGGGGACGCAGUGCUGUUUGUAAAAAGGAGGACCUGUCGACCAGCAAGAAGAAAGGACGCACCUGGGGACCGAGCUCCACCCUCCAGAAAGAGAGGGUGGGCGGGGAGGAGAAACUGAAGUCACUCGGCGAGGGAUGCAAAGUUUGGUCCUCCAGUGCGCCAAACCUAGGAAAGUCCCCCAAACAUGCACCCAUGACCGCCGGCUUCUCCAGCCUCAACGAAAUGGAGGAGUGCUGUGAGUUUGAGGAGUCACCAGGGUCCGUGCUGCCCUCAGAGACCAGCAGUAACGGGGCUGUGGAGGACUCAGGGUCCCUGUGGGGAGGCCUGGGGCCAAACCCAUUGCCUACUGUUAAUACGAGCUCCUGUCAGGGGCCCGGCGGCGUGGGGACCGGGGUGAACUACCAGGACUCGCUCCGUCGCAGCAGCCAGAGGAAGAAGAGUGAUAUGCUGCUGUUGGGUUGUGCCUCUCUGCUCGCGUCUGUUGCCCUCGGACAAGACCUGCUGCAGCUGGGAAAACUGCAGGUGCUCCAGGAUGAGCAGGACCUCAGAGAGGAGCAGCGUAAGAAGAAGGAGGGCCUCUUCCAGCGGACGGGACGUUUCCGUCGCAGCACCUCUCCACCCAGCAGAAACCUCUCCCUGUCCCUCUCCAGACAUCAGGACUCUACGCUCCCCUGCAUGGACCCAUCUCCCUCUGUUACACUCCUCUCUUUGUCCUCUCUGUCUGACUGCAACUCCACCAAGUCCCUUCUUCCCUCCGACCCAGACGAGUACCCCCUGACCCCGAUGACGGGGGUCAAAACACCGGUGGCGCCACCAGCUCCUGCCCUAAACCCUCUCUUGGACCUGCGGGCGGAGAGCUUCAAGAAGGAGCCCAACCAGUCGCUCACGCCCACCCAUGUGUCCGCCGCCAUGGCCCUGAACAGAGGACACAGACGGACCCCUUCGGAGGGGGCGAUACGACCCAGAGCUCAAACUCUGGGACACUACAGGACGCCGUCAGAUGGAAGCAUGCCCAUGCCGCCUCCACCGGGGGCACCACACACCGCUGCUAACAAAGGUCCACAGGACACGCUGGACAUCCCCCGCCUCCCUGACCCCUCUGCCAUCUUCCCAGUCCCCCAGCGGCGUAAAGCCCCUGCUCCACCGAUUCCUGACCCGGUUCCCCUCUGCCUGAUCAGCCCCCUGGAGAGACCCAAGACGCUGGAGUUUGCCCCCCGGCCGCGGCCCACCCCGGCCAAGAUGAGAGCUGACCCCUGGAAGCUGGGCUCUCUCUCCCGGACCCUCAGCUCGUCGCCAGGCAGCAGCUGCGACAGCCCCUUAGGCUCAGGGGACAGCAGCGCCAGCAACGCGCGACCCAACCUGAUGGACAUGGACGUGGAGGGCCAGAAUUUGGACAACACUGUCCCUCUGUGUGGAAAACAGCAGCCUGCCACUCUGUGUGGACAGCAGUACUCAUAGUGAAAAACAGCCAAGUCUACUUUUCUGCAUUGGAACCUGUUCCUGGACAUUAGCGCUUGGGCUGAAUGCCUACUGAUGUCUGAGCCGAGCAAAUUGCACUCACUGAAGUUGGCAAGAAACACCGCACUUCUUGUCACGGUUUAGGCACUUACUGGAAGCCAUUCCUAUCAUGUGUCCUUUUAGUGUUGUGAUAAGGUGUGAAACCCUUAAAACAAGCCUUUCCCUGAUUGUGCUCUAAUCUGCACGACACUGAGGGUCCUAGAAGCCUUUUAAAAGCCUUGUAGUGUGCUCACCCACCUACCUUACCCAAUACUUCUUUCCAUCCUUGGAAGCCAUCUCUACCUGCUUCUUAGUGCCCCCCUGACCAAGACACACUCACAACCUACAAAAGCCAUUCAAGUACUUAAAAAGCCACUUUUGUUGACUUCGCUAACUGUUCGUUCCGAUUCAUCUGCCUGUGCUUUUGCUCGUCCGUGUAGCUGCCCACUUUCUGCCUGUAUCUCUCACUCCAAAGAAAAAAAAAAGUGUGCAUUCACAUUUCACCUAAACGUUCUUAUUUUCCGGAGGGUUUCAUUGACAAACACAGGAGCUGGACUAUUUAAAAUUCGUAAUAGAGUGUCUUUGUUCUUAUUUUGCACGCUGUUUGUUCUGCCAGUGCACAAACAUCUCCCAUAAACUCUGCCGUCAUCCUGACAUGUGUCAUCUCUCUGCAUGGGGGUCAUCGUCCUCUAACCUCCGAGUCCGAGACAGAAAAAAGCCUUUUUCUCAUAGCACUGUGUGGACUGAUUAUAUCCUCAGCCUCUUACAGUAAAAAAAAAAUUAAAGUUUAUUUUCUCAGUUCUUGCACCAUCCCAACCUGUUAGCAAAAAUGAUUUUUCUAUUGGUUUGGCAGACCAGGUGUGUUUCUCUUUGUGUGAAUGUGUAUAUAUUACUGUACAUGUGUGGAAGAACAAAAAGGGUACUUUUUUUUUUUUUUGCGUGCUGGUGCUUUUUCUGUGUGUGUUGUUUUACGUGUGAAUGGUUUGCUGUAUGGCACUUCUUCACAAUAAGAUGUUUGUCUUUUACACAUUUUACAUUCCUCACUAGCAGUCAGUAGCUCUCUGUAUGGAUCCCGUUCAUGCCACUGAAAUGGACACAAAAGAAGGAAACACUGAGGGAAAGUCAUACUUGAUUUCAAUGUCAACCUCCUGUUGGACCGUUUGGAAGCUUUACAUUCUCCUCUGACCGGUUGGCUUCAACAUCAGUGCUACUUUAGGAGUCAUGUUGUGCAACUGGUCAGCCUAUCUGGACCAGUGGACUCUACUCAUGGCUGACAAAUCAACUUUUAUCUGCAGAGUUGUUUUCGCACAGUUCGUCUUGGCUGCAGGUACUUGACAGUGCAAUUUUCUCUAGGUGAGUGUGUGUGCGUGUGUGAGAAUAUGUGUGUUAUUAUUUGUAUGGGAUGAUGACAAUCCCGUUGGUUGAAGAGUGAGCCCAAACUCAUUCUCCUUGUGUGGUUAAGAACACUGAGUAUUUAUUAAAUUUAUUGUUAUUAUAGGAAAGGAUUAAUUGUUAUUACGAUGCUCUUCCUGGAAUAUGUGUAUAUAUUUGUUAAUAUAACAGGAAACAACCUAGGAAACUGCUUACUGAAACGUCCAUGUUGUCUGCAGUCUCAACUUGUGACAUUUCUGGGU